AUGCAGUUCAAGAUCACCGCCGCCGCCUUCCUGGCCUUCGCUGCCUCCGCCCUGGCCCAGAACCCCAACUUCGAUCCCGUCUUCAAGCCCACCAGCAACGAGAAGAUCAACGCCGGCACCGCCUACACUAUCGAGUGGACCGCCCCCGAUGCCUUCAAGGACGUCACCGUCUCCAUCAGCCUGAUCGGCGGUGCCACCCAGAACACCCAGGUUCCUCUUCAGGACAUCGUCUCCGGCAUCUCCAACUCUGCUGGAAAGUACACCUGGACCAUCCCCAGCACCCUCGGCAAGGACGCCUUCUACGGCCUGGUCAUCAAGUCUGAGGCCAACCCUACUGUCGACUUUCAGUACUCCAACCCCUUCCACAUCGUCGCCGGCGAGGGCGCCGCCUCUGGCACCACCACUGUCGUCUCCUCUUCCAACACUGCUACCGUCACCCUGUCCGCUGCCAGCGUUUCGGUCACUCCCACUGCUUCUGCCUCUGCCUCUGCUUCCGCCUCCGUCACCAAGUCUGAGAGUGUCAUUAUCAACUCCACUGCCUCUCUUUCUGCCACUGCCGUCCCGACCCCCGCUACCCUGAGCGCUCCUGCCUCCACCCUCACCAGCGUCACCCGCCCUGCUGCCAACGGCACUGCUACCCAGUCUGGUAUUGCCACUGUUACUGGUGUUGCUGCCGGUGCCCAGGCCACUGCUGGUGUUUUCGCUGUCCUCGGUGGUCUGGCCGUUGCUGCCCUCUUCUAA